AUGACACGAGAGCAGUAUAUAUUAGCAACACAACAGAACAGUCUUCCAAGGACUGAACAUCCUCAGUUUUACCCAGUAGGGAUUUAUGGAUGGCGAAAGAGGUGCUUAUACUUCUUUGUCCUUCUGCUGUUGGUUACCAUGAUUGUUAACUUAGCGAUGACAAUAUGGAUUUUGAAGGUUAUGAAUUUCACAGUGGAUGGAAUGGGAAAUUUGAGAGUCACUAAAAAAGGAAUACGACUUGAAGGGAUAUCUGAAUUUCUACUUCCACUAUACGUGAAAGAAAUCCAUUCCCGAAAGGAUAGCCCACUGGUCUUACAGUCUGACAGAAAUGUAACAGUGAAUGCAAGAAAUCACAUGGGACAGUUAACUGGACAACUGACAGUAGGAGCUGAUGCUGUGGAGGCCCAGUGUAAGAGAUUUGAAGUGAGGGCAAGUGAAGGUGGAAAAGUGUUGUUUUCUGCAGAUGAAGAUGAGAUUGUCAUUGGAGCUGACAGACUGAAAGUAACAGGCACGGAAGGGGCAGUGUUUGGGCACUCUGUGGAGACACCCCAUAUCAGAGCAGAACCUUCCCAAGACCUCAAACUUGAAUCUCCUACUAGAUCUUUGGUGAUGGAAGCACCCAGAGGAGUGCAAGUCAAUGCAGCUGCAGGAGACUUAAAGGCUACCUGUAGGAAAGAACUGCACUUGCAGUCCACAGAAGGGGAGAUAUUUUUAAAUGCAGAUACAAUCCGUCUGGGAAAUCUACCAGUGGGUUCCUUCUCCUCUUCCUCCUCCUCUUCCUCACCCAGCUCUUCAGCUCCUCGCCAGACUAUCUAUGAGCUCUGCGUGUGUCCCAAUGGUAAACUUUACCUGUCCCCAGCAGGAGCAGGCUCCACAUGUCAAUCCAGUAGCAACAUCUGUUUGUGGAGCUAG